AUACAGACUGGGAGAGAAUCACUAGGAGUUUCCCUGACCCAGGAGGUUGGAUCAGUUCAAGGAGGACUCAAAUUCAGCUGCUGCAGGAAGAUGAACUCCACCCACCACCAUGGCAUGUAUACUUCCCUCCACCUCUGGAACCGCAGCAGCUACGGGCUGCACGGCAAUGCCAGCGAGUCGCUGGGGAAGGGCCACCCGGACGGAGGAUGCUAUGAACAACUUUUUGUCUCCCCCGAGGUGUUUGUGACUCUGGGUGUCAUAAGCCUGUUAGAGAACAUUCUAGUGAUCGUGGCGAUAGCCAAGAACAAGAACCUGCACUCACCCAUGUACUUUUUCAUCUGUAGCCUGGCUGUGGCAGAUAUGCUGGUGAGCGUUUCGAAUGGGUCGGAAACCAUCGUCAUCACCCUGCUAAACAGUACGGAUACGGACGCCCAGAGCUUCACCGUGAACAUUGAUAAUGUCAUUGACUCUGUGAUCUGUAGCUCCUUGCUCGCAUCCAUUUGCAGCCUGCUUUCCAUUGCGGUGGACAGGUAUUUCACUAUCUUUUAUGCGCUCCAGUACCAUAACAUCAUGACGGUUAGGCGGGUCGGCAUCAUCAUAAGUUGUAUCUGGGCAGCUUGCACGGUAUCAGGCGUACUCUUCAUCAUUUAUUCGGACAGCAGCGCUGUCAUCAUCUGCCUCAUUUCCAUGUUCUUCACCAUGCUGGUUCUCAUGGCCUCUCUCUAUGUCCACAUGUUCCUGAUGGCGAGGCUUCACAUUAAGAGGAUUGCUGUCCUCCCAGGCACAGGGACCAUCCGCCAGGGUACCAACAUGAAGGGGGCAAUUACCUUGACCAUCCUGAUUGGAGUCUUUGUUGUCUGCUGGGCCCCGUUCUUUCUCCAUUUACUAUUCUACAUCUCUUGCCCUCAGAAUCCAUACUGCGUGUGCUUCAUGUCUCAUUUUAACUUGUAUCUCAUACUGAUCAUGUGUAACGCUGUCAUCGACCCCCUCAUUUAUGCCCUCCGGAGUCAAGAACUGAGGAAAACUUUCAAAGAGAUCAUCUGUUUCUAUCCCCUGGGAGGCAUCUGUGAGUUGUCUAGCAGGUAUUAAGUGGGGGGACAGAGUGCAUACUAGGUAGAGACCUGCAGACUUUGUCACACUGGCCCUACCUGAGCAGUGUACUUCCCAACAGCUGCCUCUUCUGUGUAGUGCUUUGGUUGAAAAUAUCUACUGUAUAAAUGUAAGUUUGUGACUUUUGACAUGGAAAAAAAAGUCUCAACGUGUUAUGUUUAUUGACAUGCUACUUUUUUUGUUUG